AGGGCUUCUAGAAUUCUGUUUUCCUGGGGGGUUGAACAGCUGAUGUGAAGAGACAGUGACAGAGGAGCUGAGAAAGCGGUCUUUUUUCUUGCGUGCCUGACCUUCUAUCCUAUUUAAAGUUCUUCCCUCCCUCCUUGACUGGGCCCAGACUUCCUAUCAUCUUUGAUCUACCUGUGUCUUGAGAACAGAAUCAUGGCCUCGAUAGAAUAUCUUCUCAACCCCAUUUCCUCGUCCUCCAGGGAGCGCAGCCCUACCCCGACGAGCUUGUCCCCCGCCACGGUGGCUUCCCGGUCGCCCCGCCAAAAGAGACGCAAGCUUGUCAAGGACCAGCCGUCCUUCAAAAGGGGCAAUCUCCGAGGGGACCUUCGCUAUCCACCUCACGAAGAACGCGACGAAGAGUUGGAGAGGGUCCACACACAGUUCCAUCUCCAUCCACUGCGCAAUAUUGCCAACUUUCCGGCCCACAUUCCUUACUGCAGUCAGAAGAAGUCGUUCAAGGGGCGGACAGGACGGGGUAGCCUGGAAGUCUUCCACUACACGUUCCAGAUCCCCAACGGCGACGGCAAAAAGUGGGUCAUUUCCUGGGACUACAAUAUUGGGCUCGUUCGCACGACGUCCCUCUUCAAAUGCACCCAACAUCCGAAGACUGCCCCUGCGAAGGCGCUGAAGAUGAACCCUGGCCUCGGCAAAAUCAGCCACAGCAUCACAGGCGGCGCACUCAUUGGACAAGGGUACUGGAUGCCCUUUGAGGCCGCCAAGGCACUGGCUGCUACCUUCUGCUGGAAGAUUCGCUACGUCUUGACGCCUAUAUUUGGUCUCGAUUUCCCCUCGCGAUGCAUUCACCCGGAAGACACCCGAUUUGGUGACAUGAGGAUCGACCCGGCGAUCAUCCUACAAGCCACUAGAGAGGCGACCUACUAUCGCGGCCUGGAGGUGGCUGCCUCUCCUCAUUCCCAAGACUGCCACCGAGACCGACAGUAUGUCAGACACAUCUUCCCGAAAUCCUCGCCGAACCUGGACCCCGAGGAUUAUUGUAUCUCGCCCGGUACCUCCCCAGUCCGGUCCAUCCCAGUCAAAACCCCACAAAGAACGGGAACCGGCUUGUCGUAUGCAGCUUUACCAGGCAGUAUGCACGAUGAGUUCAACACGUGGGUGAUGGGCUCUGACCCCAGCCUCUCGGAGAGCUACAUCGAAGACGACGGCCACGACGACGACAGUGAUGUCGAGGAUGGUAGCUAUAUUGAGGAUGAGGAGCAGACAUAUGAGGGAGAAGAUGGCUCCCGAGAUCGUGACGAGAAUUGCCUUUCUUCCCCAACCUCCUGCUAUCCCUCCAUCACUCCAAAGAUCGAAACCCGUUCCUGCUCACCCACGUACACCUUUCAGUCUACAGUGAGCGACCUGGACAUGGAGCAGACAAUGCUCGCCGCGUAUGCGCUAGUGAGACUGCGCAACGCGGGUAAGAGGCUGGAGAAGAACCCGGAGAGUAGUAAGAGGCCCUUGAAGGGAAACGGGAUGAAGCGACGCCGGGCGUCUUUUUGAUCAUCCGUCCUCUUGUCUUUCUCUUCAUGAUAUUGAUGAGCUCGGUCUACU